CUUUUUUAUUGCACACACUGUCCUCAGCUUCAGCUUUGUUUACAACUUUCACUGCUUUCACUAAAAUGCACUGGCGUGGAGCGAGCCUUUGAUCUGUUUAUUUGCCGGCCUCUAUCGCCAGGCUGAACCCGCCUGUUCCUACAAUCCACCAACGGCACUUAAUUUAUUACCCCAUGUCUGUAAUGACACUGCUAACACUUCGCUGUCUUGGCGCAAGAGCUUGGGAGUAGUGGGAAAGACCUACCGAGACAAGUUGAAGAAGAAAACGGGCGAAGCAUGACGUCGACCGAUCAGCCGGACGUCGUGAAAAACGCGAACACGAGGUCUCCUCCGGAGGCAAAGCAAGUUAGUCCCGACCACUUUAGGUUCGGCAAGAGAAUGAAGAUCAUCCCCAUGAACGAUCAAAUCAAGGAGCUGCAAACAAUUAUUCGCGACAGGAAUACUACUAGAAGCGAGUUUGUGUUCUACGCCGACAGAUUGAUUCGGCUUGUAGUGGAAGAAGGGCUUAACCAGCUGUCGUACUCUGAAUGUGCAGUUACUACGCCGACAGGAUCAAUCUACCAAGGAAUCAAAUUCCUAAGAGGAAGCUGUGGCGUGAGCAUCGUACGAAGUGGUGAAGCCAUGGAGCAAGGCCUCAGGGACUGCUGCCGUUCUAUCCGCAUUGGAAAAAUCCUGAUACAGAGUGAUGAAGAAACACACGAAGCUAGCGUUGUGUACGCCAAGUUUCCGGUCGACGUUCACAGCAGGAAGGUGUUGCUGAUGUACCCCAUCAUGAGUACUGGAAACACGGUGAACAAAGCUGUUCAAGUUCUGAAGGAUCAUGGAGUGCAGGAAGAAAACAUCUUUUUGUUGAAUCUGUUCUGCACGCCUCAUGCUGCCAAGUCGGUGAUGAAGGCAUUCCCAACAAUGACGGUCCUCACAUCAGAACUUCAUCCCGUUGCUCCUAACCACUUUGGCCAGAAGUACUUCGGAACCGAUUGACGAAACCUCUAUGUGUUGAUUUUUAUCGCGUUUUUAGGACAUGCCUGAUAUAAUCAGACUGUUUUAAAUGCUUUUAAGUUAUUAUACACCAGAAUAAAUGUUACUUGUUGAUAAACACGAA